CAGCGUAUCGCAUACUCGACUCAUGCACGCGGUCGCAUAGAUAGUGCACGAGUACAGUUAAGUUGCAGGCAAUUUGCGGGAGGAGCUGGCCAGCUGGACACUGAGAUUAGAAGCGACUUUGAUGAACUCGGCAAUCUCCCAUCUUUCCUGCGCGUCUCGUCUUUCAUUAGUUUCCUUCAUCAGCCAUUCUCGAUGCCUCUGUAAUAAACCUACAGCAUCAGCAAUGUCAGUCCUAGUAUCGAAAGUUAACCCAGUGACGGGAGCCAGUGAGUGGGUAGUAGAGGACUCGACCUAUGACUACCAUCAGGAGAUUGCCCGGUCUGCCUACACGGAUAUGCUGCACGAUGAUGAGCGAGUAUGUCAGAAGUUCCACCCGAGGAAGAUUCUUAAUGUUUUAGAGGUGGAAAGACGAGGCCCCUAGUUCUAGGUUAGAACUAUUCCUGUGAGGAGAAUAGGCUGUUAGAAUAAAAAGUACUAUGAAGGGAUCAGACGGGCCAUCAGGCUAAUGCAUGCAAGAGGCAAGAAGGCUCACGUGCUUGACAUCGGCACCGGAACCGGACUACUGUCUAUGAUGGCGGCAGAGUGUGGUGCGGACUCUAUUCAUGCUUGUGAGGCAUUUGAACCAAUUGCAACAGCUGCCAAGAAGAUCAUCUCUAAGAAUGGUUUCGCCAACAGAAUCAACGUUACAUCUAAAAGGUCAACGGAGGUCAUAGUGGGGCCAGAUGGUGACAUGCCACACAAAGCCAAUAUCCUCCCAGCGGAGGUGUUUGAUACUGAACUUAUUGGUGAGGGGGCUAUUCCUACAUAUCUCCAUGCGCAUCGUCAUUUAUUAGAGAAAGACUGCCUCUGCAUUCCCCAUUCGGCUACUAUCCGCGCACAAAUCGUUCAGUCUGAUCUCGUCUGGAAGUGGCACAAACUCCUGCCAAUCCACAUAGCAGGCAGCAGUGACGUACUCAUCUUGCCUCCGGCCAAGAUGAAGGCUUGCCCGGGCGCUGCCUCUGUUCACGACAUCCAGCUCAGCCAAGUGUCACCAAACCAGUUCAAGUCAAUCACAGGACCACUGGAUGCAAUCGACUUCCACUUCAGCCAGGGGGACUUCACGGCGUGUCGGACUGCGACAGUUGCUGGCACGGUGCAGUCAGACGGGGUCUGCCAUGGCAUCUUCAUGUGGUGGGACCUGAGCAUGGACACAGAGGGAGAGAUUCGGCUGAGCACCGCACCCACGUGGGUCCAUCCCCAGGGUGACGAGGCACAGUGGAGGGACCACUGGAUGCAGGCAAUCUAUUUCUUAGACCAACCCUUGGAGGUAUGCAAAGGGGAGACACUGCAUUUAACACUGUCUCACGAUGACUACAGCCUGUGGUUCAACGUCAGCCAUUCAGACAAACCUCGGGUCGACCCCGAGAGACCCGUCUGUCACUGCGGGGUACAUGUAGCAUGGAGUCGACCUCGGAUAGGCAUGCUGAAUGAUGCUGUCCGGACAGAAGCCUACACUCAGGCUCUGAGAAAGGUUGUGAGUGACAAGACAUUAUGUGUCAGUGUGAGUGACGGAUCAAUGCUGCCUCUCAUCGCAGCAAGGCUGGGAGCCAAACAGGUGUAUAGUCUUGAGCCAGAUUCCAUGUCUCACCGAGUUCUGCAGGACAUGAUUGUGGGCAACAACCUCAAAGGACAAGUCAUCUUGGCUGACAAGGGAGCACAGGCCCUACCCUCAGAGUUUUUUAGUCACCAGAAAAUAGAUGUUUUGAUUGGCGAACCGUUCUUCAUCUCCAGCACGCUACCGUGGCACAACCUCCACUUUUGGUACGCCCGGACAGCCCUGGCCCUGCACAUGAAAGACAGUGCCCUCGUGCUGCCGUGCCGUGCCAGGUUGAGAGGUGUUGCCAUGGAAUUUGACCACUUGUGGAAGUUUUAUGCUCCUGUAGAUAACGCGGAGGGAUUCGAUGUGCAGAUAUUUGACCAACUAGUACAGACCUCUUCAGCCAUCAGCGAUGAAGCCACAGAACCACAUCCCCUCUGGGAGUACCCUGGUCAGGCUCUGACGUCAGACUUUGAGCUGAUGGAGUUUGAUUUCACUCAGCUUGUACCGACUGACAUACGGACAUUCAGUGGAAUGGUUGAAUUCCUUGGGCAAGGUAUCUGUCAUGGUGUUGCCCUCUGGAUGGAGUACCAGCUAGACCAAGAGACCUGGGUCUCCACUGGACCCCAGCUUCCCGUCUCCUCUGCCCCUUCCAGAGACCUAGCCUGGGACAGGCACUCAAAACAGGGAGUGUAUUUCAUCAAGAGCAACCCCAGGGUAGCGUUGGGGGGACAGAUGCGGUUUGACGUCUCCUUCAACCCAUCCCACGGCAGCAUUCAUUUCAAAUUUGAGGUGUGACAGAAACAAACGUGUGUUUGAAUUUGUACUUGCUGGGAUCAACUUGUGUCAGCGCAUGGCUUCUAGCAGGAAGAAAUCCUGAGCACAGGCAGGACACGUUCCUACAUAUCACCGUGCCUACAGCUGGACAGCUAGCGAGAUUUAGGACUGGCAUAUGGCAGCGUAUUUGAGAGAGUUUUAUUUGCGUUUCUGCAAGCACCUCCUUGAAUCAGCCGAGAGGCAUCGACAUGCUGUCAUUGGUCUUCAUGACAUUAUUGAGAUGGCAAAAAUGAUCUAGACCAUUUAAUGACCUUGCACAGUCAUGCAGAUUAUUGUCACUCUCAGGUCAAACAAAAAUUAGUUGUGUUUCCUAUUACACUGAAAAAGAAAUUGGGGUGGUUUUGUUUUUUUUACUCUAAAUUUCGGAUGAUGGUAUUUGGGGGGGGGCGUGUAUAUCUGUAACAGGUACUAAGUGUCAGAUUAAUGCUGUACAUGUGAACGUCAAUAUCACAUAUCAGCAUUGUGAUUGAGUUGUAAAGCAGCUGGUUGUUGAAAUUCAAACACACGGGCCAUCCAUCUCAAGCCAAAACAAA